AAUCCACGUCGUUGUCACUGCUUCACUAGUCACACCUCGUUCACGCCUUUCGAUCAAAGUCGGAGAAAUGGCCGCCAUCACUCCCGUCGCCGAUCCGGCGCCUGCGGCCGGAGGCCAGAACGGCGAAGAGACGACGAUGAAGAAGGCCCUCAAGUAUAUCAUGAUCUUUAUGGCUUCUCAGAGUCUGAUCUCGAUCCUCUCGUCACAGUUCGGAAAGACCGCCUCGAAAUUCGUCCCCGACGCUCAAAGCGCCGACACCCACAGUCAAGCGUCAACAGCCGUCCCUACAGGCCCUCUCACCCCGGAAACCCGUUACCCACCCAUCUGGCCGAUCGGGACCGUCUUUUCCAUGCUCAUCUAUACAUCGGUGGACGAAGUACCUGCAAUCGACUUUGAGACGCAAGCUCCGUUGGUCGUCUUCAAUAAUAUCACGUAUGGGGAUUGGAAGGCACAUAGGGAGGCCGAGGUUUUGGUCGAUUUGCCGGGGUCGGUACAGAACAACGGGUCGUUUUAUGGGCAUAUUUAUCUGGUGGACGAGACUUUUGUGGAGGGGGGCGAGUUGGCAAAGCCGGAGUUUGGGGGAGGUGGAGGGCACGUCGUAAGGCAUACGAAGCAGUUGGCUAGGUAUUACGAGCCUGCCAAGGUCAAGAAGGCCAAGAAGCUCAUCGGGUCCAAGUCGAAUUUAAACUCGGACGCGGGGGCGGGGAAAGAAGAGGAACAAGAAGAGGAAAAGGUGGACGGCGUCGUUGGACCUCGGAUCGUCUCGCACUGGGCGACCAACCUCACCCUGACGAUCAUCACCGACAUCGGACCCGCCCAAAACAACCCGAUCUUGGAACCUUACAUGGUCAUCUCCGAGGACAACCGUUAUUACCCGAUCAUCUACCCCAACGACUUUUGGUUAUUAAAAGACUCUCAGUUCCCCAUCAACAACACCACCCCGAGGGUCCCCCUGAAGAUUACCUAUGAUCCGAUCAGUUUCAUGAAGUUCAACCUGUACGCGUCGAUGACGAGUAAUUGGGAAAAGGAACAGGCCAACCCGAACCCGAACCCGCUCGCUGGGCCGGGGAUCGACCCGGAUGAGAUCAAGAGGUUGUUGCUCUCGGCCAAUCCGUAUUGGGCGGCGGCGACGGCGAUCUUGAGCGUCUUGCAUAUGUUGUUCGAGUUCCUCGCUUUCAAGUCGGAUGUCGGACAUUGGAGGAAGACGGACAAGAAUCUGGUCGGGGUGUCAUUGAGGUCGAUCAUCACGAAUGUCGUCACCCAGGUCAUCAUCCUGCUUUACUUGCUCGACAGCGGGGAACAGACGUCAAAGAUGAUCCUCUUGACCAACGGAAUGGGCAUCCUGGUCGAAGUAUGGAAGAUCACCAAGGUCAUCAACUUCAAGUACCACCCUCCCGCCCCCGGACAGACUUUCCCGAGCUUUACGUUCGAGGACAAGAAGGAGCUCAGCGAGGAUGAGAAGCGGACGAGGGAGUAUGACGCGUUGGCGUUCAGGAUUGUAGGGACCGUGGCGGUUCCGGUCUUGAUGGCUUAUGCGGCUUAUUCUCUUCAAACUCAUGAAUACAAGGGGUGGUAUUCGUUCAUCGUCACCACCUUGGCCGAGGCCGUCUAUAUGUUCGGAUUCGCUCAACUCGUUCCUCAGCUGAUCAUCAACUACAAGUUGAAAUCGGUAGCGCAUCUGCCUAUGAAGGCGUUCUUUUACAAGACGUUGACGACGGUCAUCGACGAUUUCGGAUCGAUGAUCAUCCCUAUGCCUUGGCUGCAUCGUCUGGCUUGUUUCCGUGACGACGCCGUCUUCGUGGUCCUGCUAUACCAACGCUGGAUCUACCGGGUCGACUAUAGCCGAGCUAACGAGUACGGGCAGGUUAUGGAGGUGCCCCAUAUGGACCCGCACGAGGGGACCGCGGGCAAGGUAGCGGCCGACGUUCCGGGGGUGAAGAAGAGCGGAGUCGAAGGUAAGGCAGGGCAGGUGCAAAAAGGGAAGAAGGGGAACAAGAAGACGCAGUAGGCCAGCAUGUAACACCAAACCUCGAGGUAUCGUGUAAUCUAUCAAGUUACCGAGGAUAGAAUGAACCGUGUUUGUUGACAAUGUCGGGUUAUGUGCGCGUCGAUCUUUCCCGAUCUCGAUCAGCC